AUGUGCCUUUUAUGCAACAAAGUUUUAGGCAAUGACGCUAUGAAACCAUCUAAACUGCAAGAUUAUCUGAGAAGAUGCCACCCUGAUAAAACAGAGAAAGAUUUGAAAUACUUUCAAACACUCAAAGAUAAAUUUCAUAAGAGACAUACACUGGACAGAAUGUUCGAUUCGACGUCACAAAGAAAUGAUGAUGCAAAAUCCGGAAAACCGCAUACUAUCGGAGAUAAGUUAAUUUUGCCAGCCGUUGAAGAGGUUUUAAAAACUGUUUUACACAAACCUGCAUCUGAUAUCAUUAAAAGAACUCCCUUAAGCAACAAUACUGAAAGACGUAUUGAUGAAAUGAGUUCUGAUAUUGAAAGCUUCUUAUGUAAUUAUUUGCAAACGACCCAUUUCUCUAUACAACUGGACGAGUCAACUUUACCUGAUAAUGCAGCAUUAUUAUUCGCAUAUGUUCGUUUUAUUAUGAAUCAAGAAAUCUACGAAGUACUGCUCUUCGCAAGAACUUUCAUAACCGUCACUAAAGGUGAAUCAAUAUUUCAUGUUUUGAAGGAUUACUUCAUUGAAAAAGCAAUUCCUUUAUCAAAUAUAAUAUCAGUAGCUACAGAUGGAUCACCUGCCAUGGUUUUACGUUAUCGUGGAUGUAUAAGCUAUUUAAAACAAAAUGUGUCAGGGGUGUUAGCAAUACAUUGCGUCAUCCAUCGACAACAUUUAGUUGCUAAAAAUUUGAGUGUUAGAUUUCAUGAAUCACUUCAUUUAGUCAUUGAUGCAAUAAACCGAAUCCGAAGCAACGCGUUGAAUACGCGGUUAUUUGCGCAGUUGUGA